UCAGAGGAAACCGGAAGUGGCAGACUCUUCGCUCGCUCAUCAAAACAACAACGUAGGUGUGCUAUCGAGAGCUUUAAAAAGAUGACAGCGACACCGCAGAACGUACAUCAGUGAGACGAUCCGCCUGGUUCCGUAGAGAGCAGUGAGCUAAACGGCUGGUUCUUCUAGCUUUAACUGGUUUCAUCUAAACGUCAGUUUAGCUGGUUAGCUGUGCUCUUCGCUUUCUCAACGCAUGGCGUCCUCGGCGGGACUCCCUCCGCUCGGCCCGGACCGAGCUGGAUCGUCUUCGGUCUUUGACUCCGGCGGUAGGCCGCCUCUCCGGCCACAUCACUCCCAUCCGGCUCACUCCGCCUCGGGCUGUAUUAUGGUGGAGUCGGUGGACGACGCGGAGGGUCUGUACGUGGCGGUGGAGCGGUGCCCCCUGUGCGGCACCUCCCGCCGCAGGCUCACUUGUGCCCGGUGCAUCCAGGCCGGAGACUUUGUGUACUACGACGGGAGGAACACGGAGAGAUACAUAGAAAAGUUGGAGCGACUGAAGAAGUUGAAGGAGGAAAAGGAGCAGCUGCAACAGAGAGUCAUCCAGGCCAUGGACAAGAAGCUGCAGACUGAUGAGAUGAAAUGGAAGCUCAUGUCGUGUAAGAUGAAGAUCGAGCACCUGAAGGAAGCGGUGGCCUGGGGCAACGAGGAGGUGAAGAGUGAUAAAGACCUCUACCUGCGCUCUCAGGAGGAGAGUCAACGGCUGCAGCGUCGGGCCGGACGUCACCAGGAGAAACGGGACAAGAUCCAACGCCACAACCGUCGUCUGGGGGAGCUGCUGGAGAAACGCAGCCGCGACCUGCAGAGCAGACUGAGUCAGCUGGCUGCUCUGAGGCGGGAACAUGUCCUGGAACUCACCACGCACAUCUUCCCCACACAGGAGGAGAAACAGGGCAGCAGAGACCCCGCGGACGUGGUGGCAGAGUGCGAUCCGGCGUUGACCUCCAGCACAGUGAGCGAGCUGGCCGAGGCUCGGAGGACCACCUACCUGUCGGGACGCUGGAUCUGGGACGACCAGAACGGAGAGACCAGCAUCAGCAUCACAGGACCCCCUGUCACUCUGCCCAGCAACGGAGACUGCUCCGCCUACUACAGCUGGGUGGAGGAGAAGAGCACCAAUCAGGGCCCAGAGCUGGACCACAUUAACCCGGCUCACACCAUCAGCGCCGCCCUCUGCUACACCACACAGCUCGUCACCAUCCUGUCUCACAUCCUGGACGUCAACCUGCCCAAGAAGCUGUGCAACAGUGAGUUCUGUGGGGAGAACCUGAGCAGGUAUCGCUUCACCAGAGCUCUGAGCAAACUCAACACCAACAUCCUGCACCUCUGCUUCUCACAGCACGUUGACAGUGAGAAGCUUCACCCUCACCACACUCUGAGGAACAUCAUGUUUCUGGUUUCCCCCGACAAUGACAACCUGGGCAGGACCGGUCCGUUCGAGGUGAGCGCCGAUCUAGAGGAGUCGAUGGAGUUCGUGGAGCCCGAGGCCGCGGGGCCGGCGGAGGAGAGCGGAGAUGAGGUAGCGACAGAUGAGGAGACGGACCUUGGGACAGACUGGGAGACGGUGCCCAGUCCACGAUUCUGUGACAUCCCAUCACAGUCCAUGGAUCUUUCCCAGAGUGCACUGCAGGUGUCCCAGCCCUCUGCUAACACUGGUGGGAUGAUCUCCUCUGCCGCUGCUUCUGUCACCUCCUGGUUCCGAGCUUACACCGGCCAGCGCUGAUCCAAGCGGACUGAACCGGACCCUCUAAAGUGAACCAGCCAGGACUGGACGGGUUCGGCUCUGGGCUUCUGGACGUCUCAGACUUGGUCCGGUUUGGAGCAGGGUGGACAGGGGUCAGAGGUCAGCCAGUAGAUGAGACUCUUUCAGAGCUUUCACAGCUUUACAGCUGUGAGGAGCUCUGAACGUCCAGUCAGUCGAACUGUCACGGCUCUGACACUUCAGGAAGCUUCACGGUGUCGUUUGUGCAUCAGACCACGUCGACCUGGACACACAGUGAGAGACAAACUCCCACAACCAUUGUUUUCUGUGUAACUCACAAACCAACGGACACUAGAACUGUUCUCUGACGCUGAGAAGAGAAAAAUCAAUCAACCAAAACAUCUGAUCAGACAGGUCAGACUGGACUUACAGGCAGCAGGUCUACCAGUGUCCAACACGCCGUGAUCUGUGUGUGUCUCUGUCUCUGUCUCCUCGUCAGAAUUUUGAUUAAGCUUAUUGAAAGUUUAAACUCUUUCUGCCAAACACACACACACACACACACACACACACUGAGUGGACCUGUAAAAUGGACUUACAGUACAGGAACAUGUAACAGCUGCUCUCAUCAAAAAAAAAAAAAACGCACACGUCAUGGUUUAUAGUUGAGUACUGUCGUCUCGCUGCAUGUGAGGCUGCUUUGAAGCUAUUGUUGGGCUAUGAGCUCACUAACACGUCGACCAUCAGGCUGUCAGAGACGAUCAUGAGGGAUGGCGGUGGAUGAGGGCUGGUGUGGCUGCGUGGUGAGAAGGCGAGUGCUGUUUUGACAGAUGUAGCCUGCAGUGAAGUCCUGAAAACGACAGCUUUCUUCUAAGCCCUCAGCACAGUGAUGUCAUUCUGCCAGGGAAUGUUAUGUUGUGAUUAACUGAUGAAAACCUGAAUAUUUUCCUGUUUUAUGUAUUAAAACGUAAAUAUUCUCCGCCGCAUGUAUUUUACAUCACAGCCUUUUAGCUCACACUCUCACACAGAGUGACUUGGACUGAUUAGAAAAAGCUGAGGUAUUGCUGUGAAUGUAAUAAAGUCAUAUUAAUGUCA